CAGAUAAGCCGUUUCCGAGGACCGAAGGACCCGCUAAAGGGAACGCCUGCUUUUGAGGUUGCGAAGGUGCUAAAGCAUGGCUGACUUGGAUCACAACCUCAGCCUGGCGGAUGCUCUGACAGAGCCACCUCCCGAGAUUGAGGAAGAAGUGAAAAGGGACUUCAUUGCCACUCUGGAAGCUGAGAAGUUUGAUGACGUGGUUGGGGAAACAGUAGAUAAAACAGACUAUGUUCCCCUGCUGGACGACGAUGAUGCAAAAGCCGGGAGCCAGGAACCCAAAAGCAAAGCCCAUGCGGACGGUAUUCAGGUGGAACAUACUUCAGCUUCUGGGCCAACAGUUGUAGAAAACGGUGACCAUGGAAUAGAAGAUCACCACACAGUAUUCCCAGGAGAAAUCAUGGAUGAAAAGCUGUCUUACAAAGAAUUUCUCGAUCGCAACGACUCCUGGACGCUGGAUGAGAGAGACCUGUGCUUUGAGUCGCAGCCCGUAUUCAAGCCCAUGGAGAUGGCUGACCCCUUCGGCAUGCACAGAGCGGAGAAUCUGCCUGAUCUGUCGUUUCCUACUGACAUGAAGAACAUGCCGCUGUUCACGGACCAUGUUGAUGCUUCCGGAGACAUCCACGCACCACAUGGAUCUAUGAUGGUACCUGAACAACCUUUCUUGGGGCCCCUGUAUUCUCCUGCAGAGGCUCUAGACCCAUCAGCCUUCAUGGGCCUGGAUUCAACUGCAGAAUUUCUACAAGACAGAGCAGUGCCUGAAGAACAUUGGCUGGGAGCUCAGCACGACGCAAAGGGACCAGAUGCCUCUUUCUUUGUUGAGCCAUCAGUGCCCCCCACAGCGACUGGAGCAAUAAAGCCGAAUUUGCCGGAAAGCCCUGCAGCCGUGGCUCCUGGUUUCGUUCCGGCCGCAGUAACAGCAUCCCCAGGAGAGGCUGAACCUGCUGAGGGACCAAAAGCAGAUGCAGCGUGUGUUCCUGCCUCGGAUGUCCUGGCCGUUUCUGUGGAAAAAGCUGGGUCCGUUCUUGCAGGAGAACCCAAGACUUCUCAAGCUCUGGAUGCUGGCUUUGCACCCACAGCAGAAGCCAACCCUCUUCAGGCUAUGGAUGUUGGGUUUGCUCCUGCACCAGAAGCCAAGCCUCCUCAUGCUGCCAAUGCUGCAUCCGCCCCAGUGGUGGGUACUGGCUUCACCCCAGCAGCAGAUGCUACAUCCCAUUAUGCUAUGGAUUUCGAGUUUGCCCCAGCAGAAGAUGCAGGGUUUGUCCCUGCAGCAGAUGUGGGUUCUCACCAUGCUAUGGAUUUGGCAUUUGCCCCCGCAGCAGAUGUGGGAUCUCACCAUGCUAUGGAUUUGGCGUUUGCCCCAGCAGCAGAUGUGGAAUCUCACCAUGCUGUGGAUUUGGCGUUUGACCCCGCGGCAGAUGUGGGAUCUCACCACGCUAUGGAUUUGGUGUUUGCCCCCGCAGCAGAUUCUAAAUCUCAUCAAGCUAUGGAUUCUGAGUUUGCCCCAGCAGCAGAUGCAGAGUUUGCCCCUGCAGCAGAAGUCAACCAUCAUCAUGCUAUGGAUUCUGGGUUUGCUCCUGUAGUGGAAGCCAAGCCUCUCCCUGCCUUGGCUCCUGGGGUUGCCUCUGCAGAAGCCAAGUCUGUCUCUGCGGCUGACGCCAAGGUUGCUGCAUCUGAAGAGCUGAUGACAUCCGGGUCUUCUGCUGAUCAAGACAAGUCACCCUGCGACAAGCCUCCUGCAGAAGCAACGGCAAACGCGGAACAAGACUCGGAAGCCCCAGAAGCUUGUGUGGAUCUUGUAGAGAAAGCUACAGACAGCAGACCCGGCCACCACGGGGAGCAUCUUCCAGAGACGAACCAUCCUUCGGAACCGGCAGUUCCAGUGGAAGCGAAAGGAGCCGCUGCGCUAGAAAAUAAAGACCUCCUCCCCGAAACUGCGGUGGGUGUUACUGCCACAGGGCAGCAAAAGGCGGAGGCUGAGCACAACCACGUCCCACAGGCGGAACCUCGGCAAGAAAAAGCCCCGCAGGAGCCCGCAGUAAAACCAGAAGAGGCCAAGCCAGCUGAAGCUGUGACGGGGAAUGAUAUCACAGCACCCCCCAACAAAGAGCUUCCUCCCAGCCCUGAGAAGAAGACAAAGCCUGCCGCGUCCACACCAUCUACAAAGCCCACAGCAACGAAAGCCAGGCCCCUGUCCGCUACCAGCCCCAAGCGGCCAGCCCCUGCCACGCCUGGCCCAAACAAAAAACCCAGCAGCCCUCCUGCAGGUCCUACUGCAGCCACCACUGCUAAGCGCCCAGCCACCGGCACCACACGUCCCUCCACCUUAGCUCCAAAAGAGACCAAACCAAAGGUUGCAGAUGCGAAGACCACGGAGAAGCGGACCUUGCUGUCAAAGCCUCCAUCGUCUACCCCUCCUAGAACUACUGCCAAGAGCACCCCUGUUACUCCGAGGACAACGGCGGCAUCGCCAGUCACUGCCGCUGCGAAAAAUACUGUUACUUCUCCACCGAAGAGGCCAACGUCUAUCAAGACUGAUGCAAAGCCUGCGGAUGCCAAGAAGACCUCCGCAAAGUCACCAUCAGCAGAGUCGAGCCGCCCGAAGAGCGCGACUGGAAACGCAGUGAAAAGCAAUGCCACCACUCCUUCCACCACCACCUCCAGCGCGCCUCCUUUGCCUGGAGCAGCCACCAGUCGUCCCAAACCCAAGCCUGCUGCAACCAAACCCACCACAACCUCAACCACCACAGCAGAUGCUAAAAAAACAACUGCGAAGGCUCCAACUAAACCCAGCACUGUUUCCAAGCCAUCUCGCCCGACCAGCAGCGUUUCUGCUCCAGAUCUGAAAAACGUACGUUCCAAAAUUGGAUCAACGGAUAACAUUAAACAUCAGCCCGGUGGAGGAAAGGGGAAAAUAGAGAAAAAGCCAGAAUCAGCCGCUGCUGCACGAAAGUCUGAACCCAAUGCGGUCUCUAAAAUGGCUACUACUAAAACAACCGUAUCAAAAGAGGGUGCCCCAAAACAGCCCAAUGGGAAAGUCCAGAUAGUCUCCAAAAAAGCGAACUACAGCCAUGUUCAGUCCAAGUGUGGUUCCAAGGACAAUAUUAAGCAUGUCCCUGGAGGUGGGAAUGUGCAGAUCCAGAACAAGAAAGUUGACCUUUCCAAAGUGUCCUCCAAGUGUGGCUCUAAAGCCAACAUCAAGCAUAAGCCAGGGGGAGGAGAUGUCAAAAUCGAGAACCAGAAGCUGAACUUCAAGGAGAAGGCCCAAGCCAAAGUGGGUUCCCUGGACAACGUGGGACACUUACCAGCGGGAGGAACCGUGAAGAGAGCGAAGAUGACGACGGUGACGAUCACCACCCUGCACCCGAGCUGCCGGAUCCACGCUCUUGCCCGGCGCCGGCCCCCGGAGCAGGCACAGCCGCAAGCCGAGACGUCCGUCCUCCUCGUGAGCCGGGAGUAG